AUGAAGCAGAGCUGGGGACUGAAGCUGUUCAUCCUGGGAGCCGUGGUCCUCACAGAGGGUCUUCAAGCUCAGCGUGCAUGUGGGCAGCGAGGCCCUGGUCCCCCUGAGCCUCAGGAGGGCAACACAGUGCCUGGCGAGUGGCCGUGGCAGGUCAGCGUGAGGAGGCAGGGCAUCCACAUCUGCAGCGGGUCCCUGGUGGCGGACAGCUGGGUCCUCACUGCGGCCCACUGCUUUGAAAAGGAGGCAAUGACAGAACUGAACUCCUGGUCAGUUGUCCUGGGUUCUCUGCAGCAUGAAGGUCUGAGCCCAGGGGCUGAGGAGGUGGGGGUAACGGCUCUGCAGCUGCCCAGGGCCUACAACCACUACAGCCAGGGCUCAGACCUGGCCCUGCUCCGACUCGCCCACCCCAUAGCCCACACACCCCUCUGCUUGCCCCGACCUGCCCAUCGCUUCCCCUUUGGGACUUCCUGCUGGGCCACUGGCUGGGAUCAGGACACCAAUGAUAACUUCGGCCCCAACCCCCUCUUUUUGCCAGCUCCCAGGACCCUACGGAAUCUGCGCCUGCGUCUAAUCAGCCGCCCCACGUGUAACUGUCUCUACAACCGCCUGCACCAGCGAUCACUGGCCAGUCCCGCCCGGCCUGGGAUGCUGUGUGGGGGUCCCCAGCCUGGGAUGCAGGGGCCCUGUCAGGGAGAUUCCGGGGGUCCCGUGCUGUGCCGCGAACCUGAUGGACACUGGGUCCAAGCUGGGAUCAUCAGUUUUGCAUCAAGCUGUGCCCGGGAAGAUACUCCUGUGCUGCUGACCAAUAUGGCUGCUCACAGCUCCUGGCUGCAGGCUCGAGCUCAGGGGGCAGCCUUCCUAACCCAGAACCCAGAGACCCCGGAGAUCAGUGAUGAGGACAGCUGUGUAGCCUGUGGAUCUCUGAGGAGAGAAGGCCCUCAGGCAGGAGCUCCCUCCCCAUGGCCCUGGGACGCCAGGCUGAAGCACCAAGGGAAGCUGGCUUGCGGCGGAGCCCUGGUGUCAGAGGAGGUGGUGCUGACUGCUGCCCAUUGCUUCAUUGGGCGCCAGACCCCAGAGGAAUGGACGGUAGGCCUGGGGGUCGGACCAGAGGAGUCGGGCCUGAAGCAAGUCAUCCUGCAUGGGGCAUAUACCCACCCAGAGGGAGGCUAUGACGUGGCCCUCCUGCUGUUGGCCCAGCCUGUAACCCUGGGUCCCAGCCUGCGGCCCCUCUGCCUGCCCUACUCGGACCACCGCCUGCCUGAUGGGGAACGCGGCUGGGUCCUAGGGCUGGCCCGCCAAGGAGCAGACACCGGCUCCCCUCAGACAGUGCCUGUGACCCUCCUGGGCCCCAGGGCCUGUAGCCGCCUGCACACAGCCCUCGGGAGCAACAGCAUUCUGCCGGGGAUGGUGUGUACCAGUGUUGUGGGCGAACCGCCCAACUGUGAGGGCCUGUCGGGGGCACCGCUGGUGCACGAAGUGAGGGGCACAUGGUUCCUGGCUGGGCUGCACAGCUUCGGAGAUGCCUGCCAAGGCCCCGCAAGACCUGCCGUCUUUGCGGCGCUCCCCACCUAUGAGAACUGGGUCAGCAGUUUGGACUGGCAGGUCUACUUUGCUGAGGAGCCUGAGCCUGAGCCCGAGCCCGAGCCCGAGCCCGAGCCCGGAAGCUGCGCGGCUAACAUGAGCCAGCCAGCCAACUGUUGACAGGUGGCUCUGGGACGCUGCAGUCACAGCAAGGCAACUCCCACGGAAUUGCCUCUCUCCCAUCCAGCCCCCCGCCUUUCCCAGGCAGGUCCAACAGCACAAAGGGCUCUGGGAAGGAACCUGCCCUGAAAGCUCCACCCUGCAGGACAGCGAGAUGUCGCCCGUGGAUGCCCCCUACCCAGCUCUGCGGUCCAACGCAGGCGUCCCGAGCUUUUCCUAUUCAUCCCUUCAGAUUCAACGACACCAGCCAAGUACUUUGAAAAUUUCU